ACACUUCCUCUUCUCAUGGUGGUGAAAACAUUGGUCAACCUCGUUCCUACCAGAAGAAGAAGAUCUUUUGAGAGCACAAACAGCAGUAAGCUCAGAGCUGCACAAAAAUAAUUAAGCAAAGGAGUAACAGUGUGUCCACAUGGUGCUGUAGAUUUUUCUACCUACCCUCCAUUUGACGGUAGUAUGGUGUGGUGAAUCUUGAGUGCAGAUUAUGUGUGAGUGACACUACUUGGGUCUUGCUUUUGGGGUAAGAGUGUAGAAAUGGAAGAAGAUCAAGUGCCAAAUGAGGAGUCCACUCAAGCACCAGGUGAGCAUAAAGAAUGAGAUUUUUUUUCAAUCUAAGGAAGUAUUUCUGUGCACUUCACUCAGAGGAAAUGUUAGAUGCCUAAAAUGUACUUCAACUCAUGCACUGAUCUCUUUGAAAAAAAAUUCAAUCAGAUUUAUGCGGCAGAACUUCACAUCAAACAAGAAAUAUUUGAAACACACACUUUUCACUCUACCAAUUUACUUAAAAAAAAGAAAAAUGCAAACAUUACCUUUACUAAAAUACUGGGAAAUAUUCUGCUUAAGUUGCGUUAAAGUUGAAUGCUUGCUUGGUUAAAACAUCCAACUUGUUUCUUUAGUCAGUUUCUUGCACUGCAACACUGCUAGCACGAAAGUAAGCCUUAGUGCUCAUGAUGUGAUGUGAUGUGAGUCAAACUGCAAGCAGGAUGUGGUUUACCAAAAUGGAGACUUCUCUGAAGAGAGAAACUUUGUUUGCUAUAAAUCAUCUCCUGUCAAGCUCCUCUUGGUACGUGCCAUUAUCCAUCCUGUAGAGUAAAAGGAGCACCAAAAGUUGCACUUUUGUUUUCAAACUGUCCUAUAUUUCACUCUUACAAGUCACAUUCAGGCAAAACCUUUUUUCUCUACUUCAGGAAAUGACAUUCGGUACAACUUCAGCUUUUAUUUAUCUCAUAGUGACCUCAACUCGGACAUUUUAUCUCAGUGUUUCCCUCGGAUAUUAUGCUGUUAUAUUGUACUUUGUGCAUACAGCAGAUGCUUUUAACCACAGACUCCUUACUAAGUGAACUGAAGCCUCUGUAAUCCUUUCACAUUACAAUCAACACUAUUGGCUUUAUACACUUAUAUUUUGAGACCUCAGCUCUAUUAUGGUGUUAUGUAGGGUACAACAGUAAGAAUAUCUUGUUAUCUUUGCUUUUUCAUUUCUUGAAUUUCAGAGUUGAGGAAGGUGCAUUAUAAAUCUGAACCCAAACGAUACAGUGAGAUCUUCAGGGAGUUUGAUAAUCUUGACUUAUCCUUCCUCCCCAUGUAAGUAUUGCACAUUUACUCACCCCUUUCAUGUAAUUUUAGUGUGACUUGAAAACAAUUAAAACAGCUCUCAAAAAUACAGUUAAUUUGUUGAAUUAUAGGAAAACAAACAGGGCAAUACUCUUGAAUAUGUUUGUCAUCUUAAAGCCAUAACCCCGCCCAGCAGUACUGUACAGUUACUGUGUCGUCUACCAGCAUACGUGACAAACCCUGAACGUUUUGCAUUGCUGUUUGACUGUAUAUGUGUGUGUCUCCCCUAACAAUGUCUUUUCCUGUGUUUAGUGCAGGGGAGGAUUCACUAACAGACACUGAUUCACUGACUACACCAGAAACUGUCUCUGAAGAAAGUGGAGACGUCAAAGAGCAACAUGACGUGGCUGUAAGAGCUUGUAACUCAAUUCCUAGCAUAUCUGAUUUUAUUCCCCAAAGACUUGAUAAGUUUAAAGAAACCCUUAAAGAGUAUUGUUGUGUAUUUAGGUACUUAUUUAUAAAAGUGUAAUAAAGCAAGAGCCUGUUUUUCCCCAUCAGAGUGAAGAGACAUUUUGUUCACCGAGACGUACUGAGGCCAAUGAAGCUGAUGGAAACCAAGCAGGUAUUUUUGCAUGUGAUGGAGAGAUGGAAGAUGAACAAAAGGAAGUGUGGAGGUGUGUGUGAUUUUGUGCGUGAGUCAGUCCAUAUCUGGUGGAUGUUAAGUAUGACGCGAAGAAUCCACACUGUUUGUCACCACCAAUCUAUUAAGGACACCGGUUUACCUUAAAUCACCCCGUAACCAACACCUAACAUCCCAGCAGAUUAUGAGUCACGGUGUUGUGGACUCUGCGUCUGCCUGUGCCACCAAAUGAAGUUCAGUUUUUACUUGUUUUCCCUUCAUUAGCUGUAAGAUGUAAUAGCCAGGUUGUAAUAAGAUUAGGAUAAAGGGGGUGGAUAAAAGCAGCAGACAGCUGCUCUAAGGUUUUACCUCAGCCACAAUCAAAGAUGGAGGGGUCCAGGGACAGAGAUGUAGUCGGAGUUAUGUCGGCUGUGAACACAAGGGAGACAGAGAAAAAGAAAGAGUAGACUUACUUACAGUCCAUUUCUGAGUGCUAUAACCUCAGUUUGACUUCUGCUUCAGAUCACAGGAAUGAGAGAUUAGGAAUUACAGGAUAAACAGAUCAUGUUUAGAGAACUAGAAAUAGAAAUGCACAGAAAGCCAGCGCAAUGGACAAUGAAGAAACUCUUCAACUAACUCCUUUUUGACUUCAAGUCCAAAUCAGACUGUGCCAUUGUAUCCCAUUAUUGUAUUUGUGCUGCCUUCCACUCUUUAAAGACACAAGUUUACUCGUGUACCAAUUAUAUAUCCACCAAGCACAUUACUAUAACAUGCUUUUUGGUAAUCUGAUUUCACGUUCAGCCAUUGGUUGGGAUCCGAUACCAAUCAAUUCCCUAACAACCCCCAGUCUGUGUCGCAACAGGAGGUCAACUUUACUUGGUGCUACUUUUAAUCUUGUCACUCCGCAAUCUGGACCUGAUGAGGAUAAUCCCCAAUCCAGGCGGAGAAGGCCAUAUCCAGGAGGCAGCACAGAAUCUACAUGGAGGCUGAUUUCUGAUUAAAAAAUGAAACUUUGAAAAACAAAUCUCAGUGGAAAAGUUAACUAAGGACAUUCUGAUCAGGAAUUACCUAUUGUGUCUUGUGGAUUUUGCUGGAAGACCGAGAAGAAAACACCACCCUGUUUGGAUUUUUGUUUACUCAAAGUGCUUUUGAUGACCAUGAAGAGGAACAGAGACGAAUAAAAGCUAGAUGUCACAGUGAGGAACUUAAAAGAGAAGUUGUCGCUCUCUCUCUCUGGCAUUGCGUGUUUGUUCAGUUAAAACACCCCGAAAUGAUUGGAACUGUGCUGCGGGCUGGAAGAGGAAGAGGAAGAGAACUUCUCAGAGGUGUUUUUGUUCUUGUUUGACAUCUCUUUGCGAAUAUUAUCCUGGAAAUAAAACACAGGGAGAAAUAGAGAAAGUGGUGUUGGUUAUGUUUGGGAGGUCAUGUGAUUUCUCUCUAUGCAUUACCCACCCUGUGUUGGCGUGAGUCAAAGAGGAAGAACUGGAGUGAUUGCUGCAUUUACACCCUGCAUGUCUGACCACAUCCAGCUCUGGCACGGCAUUGUCUUUACUGCACACUGGCACUGAGCGGUGUUGUUGGCUGCUUUAACCACAGCUCUCUCUCUCUCUCUCUCUCUCUAGCUGACUCAAGGUUAACAGGUGUUAGGGGGAGGGGCCAGGCAGGGAGAGGAAGAGAGGACAGGAGGGAAGUUAGUUAGUUAGUUAAAAGCCGUUUGGAUUUGACCAUAGAGGCUUUUAUCCAAAACGUCUCUUACCCAUUUGAUUCAAGUCGGAAACUUGGGCUCGUUGGAGAGAACGUUAAAAAUCUUUACAUACAUGAGAUACCUGCAGGGAGCUGGGAGAGACCACAGGAUCUUUAUUCUGAGGAGCAGAAAUGGCGUGCAACUUGCAGUCAUUGUUUCCUGUUUUGGGUUUGUUUACAUGUUUUUAAAGCGACUUUGAUUUUUUUUUUUUUUUUACACAUCUUUCUCUUAUAUGGUGAUUUAUUUGGGGGGGUUUCCAUCUCUGAGUCUUCCAGGAGAGACAAGCGGUCAGGUGUAGCCCUAUGGACGCUGCCUGAUCUUUAGUUUUUUACAGCUGCUACAGUGUGAGUAGCCCCGCAGUGAUGCUGAUGUACUCCCUCUCAGCCCAGGAAGCAGACCUGGCUCUCUGUCGCUGCGAAGGUGGAGUGGAGACGGCGCUGCUCUACGCCAAGAUGUGGUGCCGCUAUGCCAAGGAUCUCCUGGCGUGGAUGGAGAAGAGAAUCAGUUUGGGUAAGUGCACAUGCAGCUCAUACAAGAAAACAAUUGUGUGAAAUGGAAAUUAUCAUCUGUGAAGAUAUAAACUGCACACAGAGGCAGAUGGGGGGUUCAGAAAAUGCAGAUGUGGUGUCUCACUCAGUACGUGGAAAUCCACUUUGCAGGUAGUAGUUUUACACUUACAUAUUUGCAAAGUGGAGGCUGUGGAUUUUUUGUGAUAUGAUUUGAUUAAAAAUGGGUUGAGGCAUUAUUUAUUCAUAGAUUUUUCAAAAUCAGGGAACACAGCCCAAAGAAACAGAGCUAUUUCUUGGCCAACAUUAUUAAGUUAUUUCCUGGUCUGUCUGUAUUGUCUCCCUUGGCGGGUGUUGCAGUCAUCUAAGUGAGCUACACACCGACUGCCCACAGAGAGAAAGGAUUAGAGGGCAGAUUAACAGGGCAAAGCAGGGUAAUAAAGGAGAUGGGCACAUUUGGAGUACAUAGACAGUGAUUAUCCUGAUACCAGCGAGCACAGGUGUCCAGACUCGGGUUGCCAAGUAUUUACAUCAGCUGAUAGUGUAUAUAUGUAGAGCAACAAAAGAGUAUAGCCCUGCUUGGCUGUGCAGAGAGUAUGUCUAGCGAGUAUGUCAAGGAUUACACAUAGCAGAGCAACACUUAAAGAUGUCUGAUCGAAACAGUUGAGGUUAAAUUGACAGUGUUUAUGUAGGGCUAUCCCUCAUCUUCUGAGUGCUGUUACAUUACAUGUCAAUACACUGAUGGUAGAGCCUGCUAUGUAAAGCACCCACCCGUGUUCACUAAUCCCAUUCACGCACCGAUGGCACAGCCACCAGGUCGGGGCAGUUUGGGGUUAAGUGGUUUGCCCAAGGACAUACCCUCAUGUCGACCUGAGGCAACCAACUCCUUCACUGAGUCACAGCUACUCGUUUAAAACAGUGUUGGUCCAAAAUGAAGCCUAAAGCAUCAUAUCACAGCUACACACCGGCAGCAUUAUUAAUAUUACGGGUCCAGUUCAGUCCACUGUCCAGUCCUCUUCUUCUUUAUGUGUUGUCUUGUACAAUAUCUUACAUGAACACUCACAGAAAUAAGUGAUUUUUGAUUACUUUUCUUUGUUUCCAGAGCAAGAAUUUGCAAAAAAUGUGAUAAAGACAGCCGAAGGGGCAAAAAUCAAUGUGGCACAGCAGGUAAAGCUUCAUUUAUAGCACAGAUAUUUUACUUAUUACAGAUUUAAUCUCAGAUUUAUAUUAAUAAAUCUGUUAUUUUGACUGUAGGAAAUGAUGCCUCUAAAAUACAUCUACACAAUGGCACUAGAGCAAGACAUCAAGAACAGUGUGACCUCCAAAAAGACCUCAGAGCUUCUGCAAAACCGCUGUUACCAGGUAAAGAAAUCCACACAUAGGAUACGUUUCAGCAAAUCUGUUAGCCAUGUUUUUUAUGUUUAACACAGACUUUUUUGUCCUAAAGGCUUUGACAUGCAAGAGGAAUGAAAUUGAAAAAUGGCGCAGAGAGUUCAAGGAGCAGUGGGCGAAAGAGCAAAAGAGGAUGGUAAGGACUCAGAAAAUGUGUUUGAAAAAUUUCAUUACACUAUUACAAGUAUUUCUCUCAAAUUUGAGAUUUUUCUUUAAAGUCUAAAAAGCGAAAAACUUUGAAGAUAACUCAGACAGAAGGAAAAACUUACCUUUGUUUUGUUGUGUGCUGGUGUGCCCCUUGUGCACUUUCAGAAUGAUUCAGUCACAGCUCUGAAAAAGGCCCGUCAGCAAUACUACCAGCGCUGUGAGGAGCUAGAAAAGGCAAAAGCUAUAUCUGCCAAAGCUUUGGACGACACAGCUGGAGCAAAAACACUGGACAAGAGGAGAAAAUCCAAAGAUGAAGCCAAAACCAAGGUGAGAGUCCCCCUUACAAGUGUAGUUUAGUGUUGAAUGAAAACAGUGUGUUAUUUUUGAUCAUUAAGUGUGCACAGAUGCAACAUUACUCUUCCAAAAGAAAGGUUAAAGAUUUGUGGUAGUUUGGCAGCUUUCAGCUCUCCUCUCUGAAUCCUCCAGAUGACGGAGGCGGAGCUUCUGUACAGACAGUGUGUGACUGAUGCCAAGAUCCACCAGGAUGAGUUAGUGAAGGUCAAAGAGAGAAUAAUCUCCCACAUUCGCAAGCUCAUCUGUCAGGGAGACACUGUGCUCAAAGAGGUUUGUAAUCGAGAAAACUCCUCAUCUGUCUUCAUGAAUAUAUUUUAUUUUUAUUUUGUAAGCUUAUCACUAUUCUGACCUUGUAAUUCCUCUAAUGAAAAUGUCCGUUAUUAUUACAGAGGGAAAUGACUUUGUCUCCUCUUUCAUGUCUCCUCUCUCAUCAGGUCACAGUCAACAUGUUUUUCUUCCAGCGGCAGCAGACAGAGCCCAUUCCCCUCGGCUACCAUAACCUGGAGUUGACAUGCAGGUCUCUGGAGCCUGGUGAGCCCUACCUGCUCUACAUCCUCAGCAAGCGCCGCCCUGAACACCCUCUCCAAACGUUUACCUUCCAGGAGUAUUUCCCUCAAGGCAAAGGGUAUAAAACAACAAUACACUGAACAAAAGAAAUCUGGUAACACUUUCAUUGACGCCUAUCUCUCUAACGCAUCAUAAAUAUAUUUAUAAUGCAUUAUAAUUACGUUAUAGCACUGUAUAACUAUAGUUAUAAACACUCACAAAUGAUCAUAAUGCUUUAUAGCAAUAAUUUAAACACAUUAUAAAGCAUUUUAUCAUGACUUACAAGGUCAGGUAUUAUAAUGUGUUAUAACUGUUAAUAACAGUUGCAUUACAUUAUCUAUGUGAGCAUUAUCUAGUGAGUUGUUAACAGUUAUAACACAUUAUAAUACCUGACCUUGUAAGUCAUAAUAAAAUGAUUUAUAAUUUGUUAUGAUUAUUGCUAUAAAGUAUUAUGAUAAUUUAUGAGUGUUUAUAACCAUAGUUAUACAGUGCUAUAACAUGAUUAUAACACAUUAUACACAUAUUUAUAAUGCGUUAUAGAGAUAGGCGUCAAAUAAAGUGUUACUUAUUGUCAAGUAAUAUCAAGUAAUAUAAUUAUAAUUUAAUUUAAAGAAGUUUCAAACGUUCAGGUCAAAGUUUUGAUACACACUUGUUUUAUAGUAUCUCCUUUAUCCUAAUCUCAUGAAUUGGUGUUUUUAUUCUUCAUGUUUGAAAGGAGCAAACGAAAAACCAGCAACACUCUCGGCUCUCAGCACGACUGUUCGCCUAUAACGGAUGAGAGCCCUUUAAGACGGCCCUGUGAUGGCAGUAAGUACUCGCCGUGAUUAAACAGAAACACAUCUACUAAUAAACUGCUCCUUUUUGAUGCCUUUUUUGUUGCUUUACUUCAGAGAAAGCAGGGUUCAGUGAUGGUGAGAGUAUUGGAGGAAGUUUAGAGUCCCUGUCAAGCCCUGGUGGGUAUCAGUCUGUAUUUGUGUCUAUGAUUUUUCCUUCACCUGGAGUUUAAACCAUGCAAAGACUCAUAUUUUUUAAUUCUUCCUUUCUUUGUUUCUGCAACAUUCCAAUGCACAAUCAAAGCUCACGCAAAGAGGCCGCCUAAAGCUACAAGUCUGACAAUGUCAUCAGAUGACCUAGAUGAACGUGAUAUUGCUUCAGAAUCAGGUUUGUAACUCCUUUUUUAUACAUUUGUGGUUCAAAAUACCUGUUUUUGAUAUUAAUCUAACCCUUUUGUUUGAUUUGAAUCUAUAUCUUCUACCUUAAGAGUGCAUUGAGGGUCAGCCAGUCAAGGUACGCACUCUCUCACGAGCUGCACUGACACACCGACUCAGAAAGAUGAAGAGCAAGAUGGUCAAGUGCAAGCAGUGUGAAAACUACAUAGUUGUGAACGGGGUUGAAUGUGAGGAGGUACGAGGCGAUUUAAGAGAAACAUUUACAUGACUGCUGAGUGAGAAAUUGUACAUCCUCUGAACUGUUCCUGUUCUACUCUCAGUGUGGGCUGGCUUUGCACAGGAAGUGUAUGGAGGUGUGUCCGAUAGAGUGCGAACACAAGAAGGGGACCGUGUUCGGGGUUGAUCUGUCUCUGAUAUCACACGAGAGCUCAGAUGAGGUGCCCUUUGUGGUGUUACGCUGCACUUCGGAGAUUGAGAAUCGCGCUCUGUCCAUCCAGGUACAUAGAGCUUGAAAUGAAAAGAAAAAGAAACUGACAUAAAGUAUGUCAAGUGUUUGCCGUGAUCUGAAAACACAUGCUUGCUUCUUUAGGGUGUGUAUCGUGUGAGUGGGUCCAAACCUCGAAUCCAGAAGCUUUGCCAUGCUUUUGAGGUGCAAAAGGACCAGGUGGACCUCUCUGACCACUCACCACAUGACAUUACUUCAAUCCUUAAACACUUCUUCAAGGAGGUACUUCACUGACUGACUUUGCUGACUAUUACAAACAAUCGUGUGACAUUUUAGAUCUGAGUAAUCUCUGUUCCUUCCUCUCUCUCGCAGCUCCCUGAGCCUCUGCUCACCUUUGACCUGUACAAUGAUUUCAUCGCUGUGGGGAAAUACAUUCAGCACCUGGGUGACAGGGAGCCGACACCAGACACUAACGAGAUAACAGACAUCAUUACUAAUCUGCAAAAGCUACUGCAGAGACUCCCUUUAUACUACUACAACACUUUGCAGCACCUGGUGUGUCACCUGCAGAGGUGAGUAACAGAACCUGCUUGUCAGAUUUUAGCCAGCCCAGUAGAUUUUCACUGAGUUAAUUAAGUAUUUCUAUUAACCCACCUGCUCUCUGUCUCCACAGGGUUUCAGAAAACCAAGAAAACAAAAUGUCCCCCAGCAAUCUGGGUAUCGUGUUUGGCCCGACACUGCUACGCCCUCUUGUGUCCACAGACACGUCAAUGAUCGCCCUGCUGGAGACCAGUUACCAGGCUGUACUCGUGGAGUUCCUCAUCACACAUCAUGAUGAAGUAUUUGGCAUUCAGUCAAGAAGUCACACGCCCACACCCCCGGCUCCCACUGCGCCUCUUCCUGACACCCCUCCCAGAGCUUCCUGUCACCUGGAUGGCGAGGUAUAUGCUGACUCAGAACAUGAAACUUCCUCCAGAGAACGGCCGCUCUCUCUUGAAGUAAGUAAUGCAGCGAGGAAACCUUAACACUACACUGCAAAAAAAAAAAAGGAAUUUCAAGAAAGGAAAACAGCCUUGUAUUGAGGAAAAUAAUCUUGUUUUUUGUACAAGAAGAAUAUUAAUCUUGUCAAGCAUGUUUGGCAUUAGAAAAAUGAUCUAAUUUUAAGAGAAAAUGGCUAAAAAUGGGAGCCAACAUGGCUAAAUGGCUAAUUUUGAGAUAGAAUGAACCAGAAUUAGAGUAGAAAAAUGUUUUACAAUGAAAUCCAGCGGAGCAACAAGAUCAUUUGUCUUAUUUUAAGAGACAUAUGUACAACUUCUCAAUUUAAGAAUGCCAUGUUGAACAGUUGAUUUUUGUUUUAUUAAGAUUUCCACUGCAGGUCAUCUGAACCUGACAGAAUCUCCUGCCUCAUACAUUAUCUGACAUAUAAAGAUGUCAGUAGGCUAGUCUGUACAAAACACAACAUAAUACAAUGACCAGAUGAAAACUGCAAAACAACAGAGAACAACAAAGAGCAUGUUUGCUUGUGGAAUAAAAAAUCUAUAUUUAAUGAUAAUGUUUUGUAUCUUGAUUUAAGACAACAUCACUUAUAUUUGCUAUGCUGUUUUAAGAAAUGAUGUCUUAUUUGAACUACUGUCAUGCUCAUUGAUAAUCCUAGAUUAAGGUAUAUUUUCUUGAAGUUCAUUUAUCAAGAGACUAAAAUUCUCAUUUUAAAUAACUUCACUUUCAUUUUUCAUUGCUUGCUGUAGAAAAAAAUAGAUUAAUAUAAGAUUUUCUGUCUAGUUUUAAGUUUCAUUUGAGUCUGUCAGGGCCAAGACAUUUGUUCUUAUUUUGAGAAUUUUUGUCAAGCAAAAAAAGCUUACCCCACUGGCAGAUUUUUUUGCUUGAUAUAAGAUUAUUUGAUUAAAUAUAAAAAUAUUUUACUUCUUUCUAGUAAGGCUGUUUUUGCAGUGUAGACACAGACUCAGUGGUUGCUACUGCAUCUAGGUAUUAACAAAUGCACUCAUAAGGAUCCUAGCACUAACCAAACCAAGGUAGUGUGAGUUUCUACCUAAACGUCAUCUGCUGACUUGUUCACCUGUUGUUUUAAGAUCAUUAGAGCCUGACUUCUCAUGCUUGCUCUGUCAGGAUUAACAGCCGCUGCUUCUCUUCUGCCCUCUGAACUGCAUGGCCUCCUGUCAGUCUUUGUUAUCUGGACAUUUGCUGCUGCUGAUGAUGAUGAACAAAAAAGAGCCCGUAAAACUAAAACAUUCAUUAUUCAGAAGGGCUCAUACAUAGGAAAUCAAACUCAACAAAACUUGGAUAUUUUCAUUAUAACAAUAGAAAUUGGUUGGAUUAAUCCUGGAGUGUUUUGUAGCCUUGACUUGUAAGACUCACUUUUGUAUCCCCUAGUAAUCCAGUGGUUAAACUUUAGUCUCUAAAAUUUGUGACUCAAUUUGUGUCAUUCCAACAGAGUCUAACAAUCAAGAGAGAGUCAAGCGAGGGUUAUAUAUCUGACAAGUCUUCAUCCAAUGAGGCAGUGGACCAGCUCAGCCCUGAAGCCAAUGAAAGAGCAGGUAGGCGGGAUUUAGCGACAGAGCAGUUUCAAAACAAGAUGAUGAUCAUUCAUACAGUUGAUGUCCUGUGUAGUUUGAGGAUGUUGAGCUCUCUAGUCUCUGGAUAAAUAUGUCAUCUUGUACAUUUGUGGGCUGAGGACAUGUUUGAUUUGAAUUAAUCCUGUUAGAGUUGUUGCACAAACAGCUCCAGAGCUGUUUACCUCUUUUCUCACAGACAGUUUAAUGCUCGAGCUUACAGUUUAUAAGUAGGCUAUACUUCUUAGCAGUAGAUACAGCGGAUGUGAAGUGCCUCAAGAGUUUGUUGUACUUCCCUUUUCUUUCUGAUCUUACAAGUUUCCUCAAGUUAUUUUUAGAAAAGUGACUUCUGCCCUUUUUUUUUCUUUUUGCUGACGCCACCUUGUCCCAUUAUUGUACAAAAAUUGAUUAUUUGAUAGUGAUUACAGUAAACACAACGAUAAUGUAAUCAUCUACUUUGUUAAAGAUCAAAAAGCAAGUUUGGUGUUCUAGUUGAACUCUGAUUAAGUUAUAAAAAAAUCAGGAUAUUCUGGGUUUCCUGCAGCAAAGCUCUGACGUUUCAUCUUCCUCUUUGCUUUGCUAUGCUUGAGCUCUGCUGUGCUUUCAACCCUGUGGCUGCACCAGCAAGCAUUUCCAAGGCUACUAAUUACAACCAAACAUAAUGAUAUAUAAAAAUCCUAAGACAGGGAGGAAAAUAUGUUUAUAAACUUGUGUUUAACUUUCAAAUAAGAGACUGAUUUAGACCCAGCCUGCACUGCUGACCUUUCAGAGUUGAGGUCCUUUUUUUUGUCUUGAACAGUAUCCAGAGAAAAUAUCUUAUAUACUGUGGUCUUUAUUUGUGUUUAUGAUUUCUGCCUCAGUCCUGGCUGUGAAAGGCGCAUCCAGCCAUCCUCAGAGCGAGCCAGUGGGAGAACAAGACUGCACCUUUGGGAUAGAUCCACACUAUCGCUUUACGAGGCAGCCUGUGAAGUAUCACCGGCAUAACAGCCCGGCGACCCAGCGCCCAAACCCAUGUCACACAGCCAGACAGCCAGCAGCCGCAGCUGGCAAAGGCAAUCCAGGGAGUGCAGAUAGCAGCCGCAGCUCCUCUCCAGAACCGGGGACACAGAGGCUUUCCAAAAACUCUGAUCUGAACGAUGAGAGCAGCUGCCAGCCUCACCAGACCAGCGGAGCCCCAGAGAGUAAAGUGGACGUGCACCUGAGCCCCCGCCAGGUUGUGCAGUACAUGCUGGGACUAGACUCAACAAAUACAUCAGCUGCAACUGUGGCUUCGUCCGGUUCAACCCAAGAGUCUGCUCCGGUGGAGUCAGCUGGGUCACAUGCUGAUCUCAACAUAAAUCAUUCAAACAACAGGAUGGGUCUUAGUCAGGGUCAGACUCUGUGUCAGUCAUCAAAAACACUUCCUCAUGAGCAUAAACUCACUUCACCGGCUCACAAGAUUCUGUCAGGCCUGAAGCUGAGACGCAGCCACUCAGGGAAGGAUGAGCAGCUCUUUGUUUGAGAGGCUGACACACAUUCACACAUAUAAACACACUGGACAGUAUAUAGUAUAAAAUUAGCAUCUUCUUUUUUUUAAUGUGCUGCCGUUGAGAUUUCUCCAGCUUUUGUGGUUGAAAAGCUCCCGUGUCUUACACACAGAUAUCUCAUUUAAAAAAAAAUACUUAAAAUAAAGGUAGGGGAGACCAGAGCUUGUUGUCACAUGGGUAAGUUGUCACACUGCAAUUAUCUUUGCCACCAGAGGGCGCAACUAAAAAGUGGAAUACUAGGUUUUUUCCUUUACACGGUCAGGGGUCGUGUCCUGUCUGAGAAGAGAAGAGCACAUUGUGAGCUGAGAUGAGCGCCAAUUAACCAUUUCACACAACCCAAAGUAGAAAAAAAAAUAACUUUAUAUAUUGUAAAAUAAGCUUCUUCCAGAUAAAAAUACGAGCAGUGAUACAUGUGGACUUGUUAAAGGAGAGAUUAAGGCAUCCUGUCAUACCUCAGUCAUUGUUCUGUUUUAAACUAACUUUAAGCAAAUUAGUUAAUUAGCAGACAUGGUAGUUUGGAGCAACAUGUCUCAAUCAUUUUGGGGUCAGUUGUCACAUGUUUUAAAGGGAUUAAAAUUAACAGAGAGUCUGCUUAUCAGCAGUUGUCAUAAUGAAAUUUGGACUUUAUUUCUACAGAAAUAAGAGUGGUGUAAAGCAGAGGAGAAAGUGUGAAGACAUGGUCAGGAAUUACAAAAGAAAAACAGAACAAAGCAGUGCAGUACCUGACAUGAUGCUGAGGGCAGUCAGACAGGUAACCCUCGCUAAUAAAUCAAUCUAGAGUAGAGUAAAGGACUUUAAUGUCAACUACCAUACCUUGGCUCUAUACUGCAAAACAUUCACCCCAGCUAAAAUACAGUCAGACAGCUCUCCAAACUCCAGAGCAUGUUCCAUCAUAUUUUAUAUUAACAUUUGUUCAAUGACUUUUUCUAGCUCAAUGAUAAACAUUUUCUGUGCCUGACUUUAAUGUUCACUUUAAAGUAGAAAAAUGAGAACAACAAUAAUUUUGUCCUUGUUUUAAUAGCUGCAAAAUCCACUGUGACAUCUUACCCAAUGUACUAGUGAGACAACUUACCAAAUGGUGGGACAACAUGUCACAUGUUCACACUCUCCAUUUGAUUGCUUAUAACUCUGCACUGACACAAGAUAUGAAAAUGACUUAAAUACGAAAUAUAUACCCGAGACUUUGGUCUUUCAUCUGGUACACAUUUUGUUUAUAUGAGUUGUAUUGAUUCCAAGAAAUAUAUAAUAAUGUAAAAAGUGUGACAACGAGCCCUGGUCUCCCCUACACGAGUUAAACAUUUCAAAUUCACAGGGAGUCGGUCACCUUUAAGGGAGAUACUCUUUAAAAGUUAAAGCCUAAUGUACUUUGAUGCCAUAUGCUGUAUCAACACUGAUCCGGUUUAGGAUUGUGUUGACUAUCCAGCUGUCAAAUACCCACACUGGUCCAAAGUGAUUCACCUAGUUACUUGUUUGUGUAUCAUAUUUAAAUGUAGCAACAGGUGCUUUUGGAUGCACCUUGAACACGCAACCAGCACAUACAGAAUGUUUAAUCUUGAUUCUGAGCAUGUAAAUCUGCAAAACACAAAAGUCACAAACUGUUGCAUAUAUUUCAGAUAAAACUUUUGUGUAUUAGUUCGUCAUUUUUACGCAGAGUGUAACUUUUUCAGUGUACUAAGUUACAGAUAUGUCAUUAUUGCUGUCAUAAUGCGGUUGUCUUUUUUGUUUAUGCACCUGUCCUGUUUCAACACAAGGGGGCGGUCUUUUCCCAAUGUGGGGAAACAUUCAUCAACAGAAACGUAAUAAGCCACUUAUUUUUAAUUGGGCUGUGUUGUUUUUGAGAUUUGACUUCUCAGUUUUGUAAAUAUAUUAAUAAUUUUCCAUCCAGGUACAUGUUUUACUAAAAUAAAAAUCUGGAGAAAUA